AUGGUGUUGAAAAACCUAGAUGUAACACUGAAAAUCCUUCAAUCAGUACUUGAUGAUGCUGAAGAGAAUCAGAUCACUAAUCCUGCGGUCAAGAAGUGGCUGAAUAUGCUGCAUGAUGUUGUCUAUGAAGCUGAAGAUUUGAUCGACGAAAUCAAUACUGAGCAUUUAAGGCGCAGAGUUGAAGCUGAUCAGGUUCUUCAAAAGUUUUCUUCUUUUUUAAAAAGGUUUAAUAAAGAUAUCAAUUCUAAAGUGCCAAAGUUAUUUGAAAAACUGCAACAUUUGGGAAUACAAAAUCCUGGAUUGAAAAAAGAUAAUUCCAACAGUGUUUGGAAUGUAACUCCUACAAAUUCUGUUGUGGAAGAUGAAUCUGCUAUUUAUGGCAGAGAUGAUGAAAGAAAGAUACUUAAAGAGCUUCUGCUGUCGGAGGAUGGUGGAAGUAAAAUAGGAGUGAUUUUCAUUGUGGGUAUGGGAGGAUUAGGAAAAACAACACUGGCAAAACUCCUUUACAACGACCAUGAUGUUAGACAUAAAUUUAUGGUGAGUGGGUGGGCACAUAUUCCACCGGAUCUUGAUAUUUUCACCGUCACUAAAACCAUUCUUGAGUCUCUCACGUCAAAAAGAUAUGAGACGGAUGGCCUCAAGAUUCUACGGGCGCAAUUGCAACAAACCUUAUCGGCUAAAAAGUUUUUGCUAGUGUUGGAUGAUAUAUGGUAUGGAAGAUAUGUUGGUUGGAAUAAUCUCAAUGAUAUUUUUAAUCAUGCGAAAGUAGGGAAUAUUUGGUCUUUACUAGCAAGACAUGCAUUUGUAGAAGGAAACUACCAACAACAUCCUAGUCUAGAAAUAAUUGGUACCGAAAUUGCCAAAAGAUGCGGUGGCUUACCAUUAGCUGCAGUAGAAUUGGGGGGUAUUCUUCGCACCAAAUUGUCAGAAAAUGAUUGGAGUGAUGUAUUAAACAAUUGUAUGUGGGAGUUGACAAAUGAUAAGGGGCAGCCAACUCUGCUAUCGAGCUAUCAAUAUCUUCCGGGUCCUUUAAAAAGAUGUUUUGCUUAUUGUUCAAUUUUUCCAAAGAACUCAAUCUUAGAAAAAAAUAUGUUGGUUCAGUUAUGGAUUGCAGAAGGCCUAAUACCUUAUCCCAAAGGUCAGAAAACUUGGGAAGAAGUAGCAGAAGAAUACUUUGAUAAACUAGUGUCAAUGUCUCUGAUACAUCAAUGUUCCAAUGAUGAUGACAAAAGAAACUUUGAAAUGCAUGAACUCAUCCAUGAUUUGGCUAUGACAGUUUCAUUUCCACAUUGCUUUAGGUUGGACAAAUAUAGGCCGGAUAAAAGGGUGCGACCUUUGUCAUACAACAGAGAGGAAUACGAUAAAUUUGAUGAAUUGCAUGAAUUAAAAGGUCUACGGACACUUUUAGCCCUGCCAUUGCAAGAUUCACCGGUGUCUUACUAUUCAGUGUCGAUUAAGUUACUUUUUGAUUUGUUGUCAACAGAGACACACUUGCACGUGUUGUCUCUUUCACACUACCAAAAUAUCACUAAGUUGCCCAACUCUAUUGGAACUUUAAUAUACCUGCGAUACUUGAAUCUCUCUGGCACUCAGAUUAAAAGAUUGUCUUAUGAAAUAUGCAAGCUUUACAAUUUACAGACGUUGUUGUUGUCAAAAUGUUGGGAACUCAUUGAAUUACCAAAGGACAUAGGGAAAUUGGUGAAUCUACGUCACCUUGACAUUAGAGGUACUAAACUGAAGGAAAUGCCUGUACAAAUAUCCACACUAGAAAACCUACGGACAUUGUCAGACUUUAUAGUCAGCGUUAAGGAUGUCGGAUUAAAGAUCGGAGAUCUGGGAAAAUAUCCUUAUCUACGGGGAGGCCUUUCCAUCUCACAACUUGAAAAUGUAACUGACCCAUUCCAUGCCUUUGAAGCAAAUUUGAAGUUGAAAAGAGAAGUUGACGACUUGGAACUUAGAUGGUCUUACACUGCUCCUUUAAACUCACAAAUACAAAGUGCUGUAUUGGAAAAACUGAUUCCGUCGACAGAUUUGAAGGGUCUGAUCAUCUCCGGAUAUGGUGGAGACAAAUUACCAAAUUGGUUGGGCUAUUCUAUAUUUAGCAACAUGGUGAGAUUGAGUAUCUUAGAGUGUAGAAAUUGUUCAGGGUUGCCAUCCCUCGGAAAACUAGGAAAUCUAAAAGAACUUUUUAUUAGUAAGAUGCAAUCAGUUAAGAGUGUUGAUAUUGAGUUCUUUGGACGCGGGUCUCCUUCUUUUCAACCAUUUCUCUCCUUGAAGACUCUGCGCUUUGACCAUAUGGACGAGUGGGAGGAAUGGGAGCUAAUUGGAGGUUCAUCUCCAGAGUUUCCUAGUCUAACACACCUGUCUUUGGAAUAUUGUCCGAAACUCACAGGAACCAUACCAUGCGACCUUCCUAGGCUUACAUAUCUGUCUAUGAAUCUUUGUCCUGAACUCAGAGGGAUGACACUCCACAACCUUCCUUCCCUUACUGAACUUGAGUUAACUGAGUGUCCUCUACUGAUGGAGACAAGCCCUCCAUUUGACGUAUUCAGCCAGUUGACGAUUUGUCUCAGUUCUCUUCAAAAAUUGACUUUAAAAAACAUUCCUUCUCUAACAUCCUUUCCAAAUGACGGUCUUCCCAAACCCUUACGUUCUCUCCAUAUCGAUUACUGUGAGAAUCUGGAGUUCAUUUCUCAUGAAUCUUUUCACAAUUACUCAUCACUCGAGCAUUUGACUAUAUCCAAUAGUUGUAAUCCAAUGACUUCAUUUACCUUGUGCUCUCUCCCAGUCCUCCAAAGUCUAUAUAUUGGUGGCUGUAAACAUUUAAAAUCCGUAUUAAUUGCAGAAGAUGAGUCACAGCAGAAACUCUUGUUUCUUAGAACCAUCACAAUAGAGUUUUGCAAUGAACUAGAGUCGGUUUCCCUAAGUGGAUUUCCCAUUCCUAACCUCACUCAUUUAACUGUGCGUCAGUGUGAGAAGCUUUAUGCUCUACCUAGACCAAUGAACAAACUAGAGAGCCUUCAUAAGUUAAAAAUUGAUGGUCUUCCAAAUCUGAAACCAGUUUCCAGAGAUGAGUUGCCUCUCAGUUUACUUGUACUUCAUGGAUAACAUCUUACAAUUUCCAACACUCUCAAGCUCAAGCCAUUGCGAGAAUAGGGAAAGUUCCCUUCUUAUCUUAAAGAACCGAAAGUCAAUUUGUGUCCGUUAUUUGUGCGGAGGAAGCGAGGGAAAGAGUGGCAUAAGAUUGCUUACCUUCCCACCAUACUUAUCAAUUGAUCAUGUUCACAUAAGUAACACUUACCGAUCUUCAUGUUCUGCACCAGAAGAGCUUAGCGCAAGGGAAUUAGAAAAUCUUCUGAAAUCAAGCCAAGUUUUUAAGAAGUGAUAGAUUGUAGAAAACAGUAAGUUGAUCCAAGAACACGGGCCUUCUGACUUAGACGCACUUGCAAGUUCAUCAAGUCUGUCAAUUUUAGCUAGUCCAUCAACAACACACCAUAAGUAAUGUUAAUAACACUGAAGAAAUAAAAGAUAGUCAUUUCCAACCGAGUCAAAAGAUGAUCAACCCAAUAGUUUGAGGGACAACCAGUCGACAAUAAUACUGCACAAAACCUCACUGGUGAAGAUAUAGAAGACAUGAGAAGACAUGGUGCUAGAUGUGUGCAUUUAACAUUCUACAUCAACUUCUUUACAGAGGCUCACUGAUGAUACCAAAUAAUUCGAAGGGUGAACUCUACCAACUUUGUGUAAACCGAAACCCUCGGGAUAAAAAGAGAGAAGACUUAAGAAGCAAAAGAACUAUGCACCAAGAAUACUUAUAAGGCGUCGUGUUGCUCGAACUCUUACCACUUUUAUCUAACUCUGCCCCAUUUGCUAUUUAUCACCAAUAUCUUCAGCCUCUAGCAACUUGCAUGCACAAUAUGCAGCUUGAGAAACUUCCCAUUGGAUUGCAAAUAUCAGAGCCGUGGCUUCGUGAAUACUAGUACCAGUUAUUAGUUAUUGUUGUCAAUUUCAAUGACCAAUUCUAUGCAAAUCUCUGAUAACAAUUAAAUAGUAUAUUUGUUAUUAUGCAGGUACUUACAUCAAGAACUCACCCGCAUAUGAAAAUGAGUGCAUUUGGAGGUUACUUCUCAGUGGGACAAAGAUCUGCAAAAGCUGAUUCUAGCUCCACGAUCUUUUGCCAUGAUUACAACUUUUUUGUUUAGCCAAAGGCUAAAAACGGUGAAUGUGUACUAGAUAUUUAUGUAACUAUUUCAAUUAUGGGAGCCGACGGUGAUGUUGGCAUUUUGACUUUUCUAGUGUAGUCAUUUUAAUUGGCCAAUCAAAACACUCUUCUAUAAAUUCUAACUUCCACAUCAUUAAUUUAUAUCAAUCAUAACUGUGACAUCAUUAUUAUAUAUACUCCCUCCGUUCCUUUUUAAGUGUCACACUUGCCAAAAUUUUUAUUACCAAGACAACAAAAAAAGAACUAAUAUUUCCAACUUUUUUCCUAAUUUACCCUUAUCUUUAUCAUUUCUC